CUUUUAAAGUGUAACUUUUGGUAGAUGGCGGGAGAGAAGGAGCCGAUGGUGGGAGAGAAGAAAGAACCAAUGGCGGAAGAGAAAAAGAAAAAACCACGUCACCGCUGUAGUCGUAACCCUGUGCUGGCUCGGGGCAUUGGCAGAUUUUCCCGCUCUGCCAUGUAUACCAGGAGAGCCAUGUACAAGCGAAAAUAUAAAGCUCCUGAGACAAAGAUUGAGAAGAAGUUGAAGGAAAAGACUCCCUUUUCAAUUACCAAGCCUGUUGGAGGAGACAAAAAUGGUGGCACUCGUGUUGUCAAAAUCCGUAAAAUGCCACGCUAUUACCCCACUGAAGAUGUCCCUCGCAAAAGAAUUAGCCAUGGUAACAAACCUUUCAGCCAGCACAAAAGGCAUCUUCGUGCAUCCAUCACCCCAGGGACAGUGCUCAUCAUACUUACUGGUCGCCACAGAUGUAAGCGUGUGGUUUUCCUGAAGCAGCUUGAUAGUGGCCUGUUACUGGUGACUGGUCCUCUGGUUCUCAACCGUGUCCCAUUGCGUAGGGUUCAUCAGAAAUUUGUCAUUGCAACAUCAACAAAGAUUGACCUCUCGGGUGUAAAAAUUCCCAAACACCUGACUGACUCCUACUUCAAGAAGAAGCGGCUGCGCAGGCCCAAGCACCAGGAGGGCGAGAUCUUUGAUACUGAGAAAGAGAAAUAUCAACUAACAGAACAGCGGAAGGAUGACCAGAAGACUGUUGAUUCCCAAAUCCUGCCCAUUGUUAAAAAGACUCCACAGCUCCGUGGCUACCUUCACUCCAUGUUCUUUCUGUCGAAAGGGGUGUACCCACAUAAAUUAAUCUUUUGAGCAUGUUGUGAGGAGAGACACUUAUUAAAAUUGGGAUUUCAGCA